GACUGAGCCACGCGGCUUCGCUCUGUUUACAUUUGGCGUUGGUUGCGAGGAGACGUGUACACCGCGACGUCCUGGCGCGGCCCUACAGCCUCCUGCACCUGCAGUCUCUUUAAUCAUUUUGCUCAAGUGCGUUGCCCUCACCACCAGCUCAAGGCAGUAUGACCCGUGUGGAUCUCUCGCUGGUCAGCACGACAGGGGAGGUAAUCGGUGAACACAAGCCCAGCGAACACGUGGAGCCUCAGGAACCUCACCCUAAGUCCCUCUUGCUGGACCCAGAAGCCCACCAGCCACACCCUCUACAGGAAGGAGGAUGUUGGCAGGUGCGGUACACGUUUGCUAUCCUGGGUCUGGUGGGGAUAGCUCUCAUGUACGCUAUGAGGGUCGUCCUCUCCAUUGCUAUCGUCGCCAUGGUGGGCAGCAGGUCUCACCACCACCACUCUAACACCACCACCACCACCACUGAGGAACUGGCCAAUGUCUGUCCUAAUCCAGACACCAACGCCACCAAUAAGGACAAUCUCUUGGAGGGAGAGUUCGACUGGGACGAGACCAUGCAGGGGGUGAUCUUGGGGUCGUUCUUCUGGGGGUACAUCGUGACCAACAUCCCUGGGGGGCGGGCGGCUGAGUACCUGGGCGGGAAGAUGGUGUUCGGGCUGGGUAUUGUCCUGUCCGCCAUUCUCACCAUCCUCACCCCCAUCUCCGCCAGGUCUUCUACCCCUCUCCUCAUAGCCGUCAGAGUCCUAGGAGGUGUUGUUCAGGGUGUGGUUUUCCCGGCAAUCAACUCUAUGCUGGCUACCUGGAUACCACCAGCUGAGAGGAGCAGAUACAACACUAUUGUUUAUUCAGGUUUCCCGCUAGGUACUGUGGUGUGUUUACCUGUGGGAGGGUGGCUGUGUUCCUCGGGCUUCCUGGAUGGAUGGCCGGCACCCUUCUACCUGUUCGGUGGGUUAGGCCUGGUGUGGGGCGUGGCCUGGUUCCUGCUGAUACAUGACCGCCCUGAGAGACACCCUAGGAUCUCCGCCAAGGAACUGGCUCAUAUCCAGUCCUUCCAACAGGAUAUCAAGAGGGCUGAGGUCGUUGCUCUGCCAUGGAAGGAUAUCUUCUUUUCGCUGCCUUUCUGGGGGCUGAUGGCUGGCGCACUCGGCUUUGACUUCGGCUUCUACACUCUACUGACAGAACUGCCCACCUACCUCAAGAACAUCCAGCACUUUGAUAUGAGUGAGAACGGCCUCAUGUCAUCGCUCCCCUUCCUGGCUAUGUGGCUGUGGGGUUACUUGUGGGGCUCUAUCAUGGACCGACUCACAGCUGCUCACAAACUUUCCAUUCUCAGCAUCCGUCGUCUCUCCAUGGCGCUGGCGAUGUAUGGACCGAUGUUGGGGCUCGUGGUGAUGUGUUUCGUCAACUGCAACACAACGCUGGCCAUGGUGGUGCUGUGUGUGGCUGUGGGGGUCGGUGGUAGUGGUAAUUGUGGUUUCCUCUGCUCUCACCAAGAUCUGGCACCCAAUUUUGCUGGGACGCUCCUGGGCUUCACCAAUACUCUGGGGUCUUUCGCUGGCAUCUUUGCUCCCAUGAUUACUGGACGCAUCACUGAAGGAAAUCAAACCCUGAGCGCCUGGAGGAUGGUGUUCCUCAUCACGGUGGCCAUGUACCUCGUCACCAAUACUCUCUACAUUAUCUUCAUAUCCAACAACGUCCAACACUGGAAUGAACCCAAGACGAAUAAAGAAGGCGUGGAGUACAACACAAGCCUGGAGACACGAGUGGCGCUGGUCCCAGAUGACACCAAAGACACCCUGGUGCUGGAGAGUGACCGUGAAGAGUGUUAGGUCAGUGUGUGUGUGUGUGUGUGUGUGUGUGUGUGUGUGUGUGUGUGUGUGUGUGUGUGUGUGUCAAGGGACUUCUAGAUAUGUAGAACUCAUAUUCAUCUUAUCGUGAGUCAUUUGUUUUCGUCACUCAUCAUCCAUACAUAGUGAUACGUACAGUAGUGUGUUGAGCUUCAUCCCGGCACAAGGAUACAUGUUCUUUACCAUAUCUAUAACGUUAAGGUAUAUCAAGAAUGUGUCAGGCACAAGCUCAGAUGAUAGGAAGCCUCCAGCGUGUAGUGGUAGUGUUGCUGAGUGAACGUGUUGCCGUGACGUAAUGUAGAAAGUAGGAUCACUUAUUAUGCUUCCAAAGAUUGUGUCCUGACAGGUGUACAGCUACAGGGACACCAUUAUGUAUUCUUGCUCCUCUACACCUGUACUAGGGAUCUAUAGUGAGCUUAUUACAGUAUUCAGGUUAAGGAUAGUGGUGCUUACAGUAUCAGUAGAUGGCUGACCAGCUUACUGUAGUGAUAAAAUGAAAAUUUAUAUGUUAGGAAUUACUACACUGCCACAGUCUAGUGUAGCAGUGUGUGUGUGUGUGUGUCACGAGAUGUGUCACCCAGACGACACAAUCACCACCAGGAGUGUCACCCAGGCGACGCCUUCACCAGGGUAACCAGGCACGACCCUCCUGUAGUUCGCUGGACACCAUUACUUCCACUGAAAAAUUAUCCUCCAGUCAAUGUUAUGAUUUCCGUGGAUAUUCAUACACUGUUCUUCCUUGUUCUUCACACAUUGUUAUUCUUUGUUCUUCAACACAUUGUUCUUCCUUGUUCUUCAUCAUUUAUAAGCCCACCAUAUAGUGUAGCUUAGUAUGGACAAAAUAUCAAUAGUUACGUGGGUUAUGGCGUUACGUCUUCUGUCACAACCCUUCUGUUCACUGUGUUACCUGUACAGAGAUGCUAGGUGGUGUGUGGUGGUGGGGGUCUAGUGGUUUGUGAUCAAUGUUCUACGACACAUUCUACACUACACCACUCUAUAACAUACUCUACACCACACUCUCUAACAUACUUUAUACCACACUAAAACACCUCUACCACACACACUACAACACACACUACCAUACUAUCUAAGACACGCUACCACGCACUCUACAAACACACUAACUAACAGACUUUAGAGGUUGUACUGUAUAACCUGUUUAUACCUAAGGAACCUAUAAAUUAAUAUAGCUUUUGAUAUACUAUGAUAUAUAAAAUAGCUAAACAUAUACACUACCAGUUAUUUAUGCCAGAGUGUUAAGGAAGGUAAAGCAAAUUUUAUGCUGUGUUGUCCUUCAUAGUGAAUUAGACACAGAAGUUUUUUUCAUGUAAUAGUUUGGUAAAAGAUCAUGGAAAUUUUUAUUAUGAAUGGAUAUUGAGGUGAUAAGAGCUGACAUUGUUGGCUUAUGACUUUACCCUCAUUGAGAACUGUAUUUGGCGAUUGUUUCUCUGGUUUAUAAUACCCAAUAUCCUCUUCCUAAGAGUUUGUACUACGUGAUUACUGUAUAUUUUGACCUGAUGUGUUUAUGUGUGAGGUCAUUCACUGUGUCUGUACUUGUUUUCCUGAUGUUGAAAUAUUCCUUCAAGACCAACUUUUUCUUUGAGGGAAUGUUUUUUGUUUUUUUUAACAUGACACUUUAUUUCAGUAAGUUCAGUUUGUUUCCUAUUUAAAGAUGUUUAUACCUGUAUCAUAAAACAUUUUCACACCUGAGUACACCUUGAUAGUUAACAUUCGUCUGAUUCUAAUGUUUGUUUACUCAUCUCACCUGAUGUAAACAUUUUGCCCUUAGAACAAAAAAAUAGCUUCUCUCAUGUUAUAUUAGAACCAGUAACAGUUGAGCAUCGAGCAAUGUUAUUACAGCUUCCGGUAACAUGUCUUCCUUAGUUCCGGUAAUAGGAGCCUUUUACACAUUGGAGCUGUGUUUAGUGGAGGAGGCACGUAGCGACAAACGCCACUAGUUUACGAUGGUUGGAGGGCAUUGUCACACAUCCUCUACACCAGUGACCAAGACACUUACAGAUCUUCACUUGGGGACCAACACUUGGGGAGGGAGGAAGGUACUGCUAGACACGCACACAAUAUAUUAGUUAGGCAGAAGGGCUCGAAGUGUUUAGUUUAUAGUGUAAAAUAUUCUUCACGUUCGAGACUUCACCUUUGGACAUCGUUUCAUGUUUUAGUGGAAGAUGAAGUGUGUGUGCGUGUGUGUCGUGGACAGACUCCUACACGCCACAUCUGGGGAGGGGGGGGGGUUCACAGGUAAAUAAUCUCGCUUUUUUGAGGUUAGUGUAAUAUUUCAUGACCUUGUAUAGUGGAUGGUGAUGUUUGCCUCUGCGUCAGGUGAGUCUGUCUUAACACGUCUGUCAUAUGUGAGGAAUUUAGGACAGCCCAAAAACUGAACAUACUUAGAAAUAAAGCUCUUGUGUUUCAGUAUAGAAUGUAUAGUAAUUACUUUUGUUUUAAGUGAAGGUAAUAUAAGUUCUUUUUGCCUUGAAUUCAGGCGGACGAGUCAGAGAUCAAGUUAAAAUAUACUUCUUUUUCCUGUCGUUCAUCAGGUGGUAAAAAUACUGUAUUACUUUCUUAGUGUAGGAAUAUAUUGACACCGUGGUAGAACAUGUUUGUGCUGGUAACAUGAACAAAGUGCCAAAGGUGAAAAUGGUGUGAUCAAUAUAAUUAUAAUGGAUAAAUGUUCUUUGUUUUUUACUACUUGUUGAAGGUAAAGAUCUGAGGCAGGUGACAGACAAUGACAGUCUUGGUCGCCAGGUGUUAGGUUAAGUAAUAACGAGAAAUUUUUAUACACAACAGUUCUGAGUAAAAUACCCAUUAAAGUAUUUGUGAAUAAUGUAAUUUUUUAUGCUUAAGCAGAACUCACUCAUGGUCUGAUUAAAAACAAAAGCGUGUUACUACAGAGUUGAUGAUAAUGUAUGUGUGUGUGUGAAGUGUGAUAGUUUGGUUACGUUGAUUAGUGUGGUGAAGGGGCAGCGGUCUCUCGAGUAGUGUUUGUGACCAAAACCCAUCAAAGUAGUGGUAUAGUGAGUGAGGUGCCCUUGUCAACGAAACUCAUCCUUGUAAUUUUAAAACACUCCUUUCCCUUGGUGGGAGCCUUAGUGUUGACAGCGCUCGACAGGGAGAUGUGGCUGUAAAACUAAAUUAUAUUAUUGGAAUUAGUUCGUUUUACCGCCACACCUCCCCGUCGAGCGCUGUAACGAGGUGGUCUUGGCGUCGACGGAAAGGUGUGUUUAAAACUAUACGUGAGUCACCCUCUUGGCCACAACUAAGUGAAGAUUAACUAGUGUCUGAUGGCUUUAUUAAGUUUGGAUAGUUUAUGGUUGUAAGAUAUGUAUAUUUUUUAUUUAGGGGGGGGAGGGAACCCUUUGUGAAUAUAUAUGAUUAUUUUUUAAAAGAUUUGAUAAAACAUUGCGAAUUACUGUGGCUUCGUAUGCAACCCACUCAUGUGACUCUGACAAUAUGACCAUUUCACUAAUGUAUAUAAAAUUGACCAAGAAAUAUAAUUGUAGAUAUAGAAUAUAUACUAAAUCAAU